AUCAGGCGCGGUUACCAUGUCCGUUUUUAUAUGAUUGCUGAUGAGCGAACAAUUGUAUCUGCAAAAGACGAUCAAAAGUCUAUGAAAUUUACCGCUUCUCUGACAAGGAUGGUCCAUCUCGUGGCUAUAGGACUACCCGUAUUCAUUAUAUGGCUAGCUAAACCUGGAUCAAGUCUGUUUUCAUGGCAUCCGAUCCUGAUGACAUUUGCUUUCAGCUUUCUAAUGGUGGAGGCCAUCUUAAUGUUCUCACCACAUAGCUCCCUUAUGCCUACGCUACCACGAGCAACCAAGGCAUUCUGGCACUGGGUACUGCAAACCACAGCUAUUAUUCUUGCACUCAUCGGAUUCAUUGUCAUAUUUGUCAACAAGAACCUGCAUGGUAAAAGUCACUUUGUUUCCUGGCAUGGUACCUUUGGCCUUGUGGUUAUCAUUCUUAUUCUAGUACAGGCAUUUCAGGGAGUUAGUGUUCUAUACCCCAAGUUUAAUCUACUUAGCAAAAAGCUGAGUGAGAGAAAGGUAUUGCAUGCAUUGCUUGGCACGCUGGUUUUUGCCCUGGGAAGUGCUACCAUUGUCCUUGGGUUCUUCUCAAAUUGGUUUGUCAAGAAUUCUAAUGAGGCUACAUGGUGGGGCAGUGUGUUGUCUAUCCUAGCUAUGACAGGGGUGAUAAUGGGGCAAGUUGUAAAGGAGUUUGAAGCAAGAAAGAAAUCUGUGAAAGAAACAGUCAAAGAACAAAAGUAGCCCAGAGGAAAACAUAUUUAUUGAGACAGGUGGAUAUCCCAGCUUUAGACCAAUCACAACCAAAACAAUCAGUAAAUUGCCUUCCUAGCUACCUUUACUGGAAAUAUACUAAAAAAACACAAAGACGGCAAUUAAAUAAAGUUUUAAUUGUUUCUGGGCUUUGGGUUUUUGUUGAAUGUGUUUUUUGUAUAAUAUGUAUCUGUGUUUUUCAAAAUCCCAUGCAUCAAAAUUUAAUUGUUGAAGUGUAAUAGUCAAGCCAGAACAAAAGAUAACAAAGACAUUACUGCAGUGUAUUAGUACUAAAUAAACUAAAUAGUAUUUCACAGGUUUUUGAAAACCACUCUAAGCACUGUACUUUUUUCAUGCCAUAUAUAACUAAAAAACAAGUAUUUUUUGUGGUUCUAUACAGAUUUUAUUGGAAAGGGUAAAUGCAUAUAUUGACUUGCAACAAAUAUUAUUGGUGAUUUCAGUAUACCACAACUGAGCAAGGCUAAACUAGCAAUGUUGGGUGCUUGAAGGCACUGUUUGUGCAGAGCUUUACAAACAUUGGUAGAGAAUAGGGAUGGAUAGGUUUAGAAACAAAAUUGCCAUAAAAGAUUCAAUGAUUUAGUGCAUUUUACACUUUAAUUAUUUGAAAGCAUGUUGUCAUUAUAUACCACUCCAUGGUAGUAAAACCAUAGAAAAUGGCAUUCUAUAAAACAAGAAUUUAAGUUACAUCGGGUAAAACACUUUCAGACUGGAUUUGCAGAACUCUCAUCACUCUAUUUGAAGAGGUCAUACAAAUGUCACUUUUUGCAUUUGCUUUGUGAGCCAUUCGUGACAUAAGGCUAAGGUGGCCUAUAUUUAUCAAUGUACAUUUACAGCCUAGUAGGAGAAAGUCUCUGGACAGAGUAAUAAAGAAUCUUUAUUGAUGUA